ACGCCAAUGCAAGGGACCCUUUCAGGGUCAUAUCUCUUCUACAAGUAUCCCCAUAUGGCUUCAGGAGAAAACAUUGUUACAACGUACUGAACAUUAAUUCAACGCAUUUGUAUACUAAAGUCAUGAUUCAACUAUUUUUUGUACUGUUAGUGAUUUCAACACUAGUCUGUGCGGAUUAUGAUUGUAUCUGUAACUUACACUCCGAGCGGGACGUCUACAAAUACCCACUGGGCUCCAUCGUCAACACUCUCUACGAUGGAGACUGUGUUCCGUUUGUUCCGGUAUCGUCACUUCCGGACAAUUGGGUGGCAGUCGCCAUAAACAACGAGGUUGCCUAUAUUCUGAAGGACUACAAAGUUACAAAUGAGACAUGUCCAGGAGAUUCAGGCCCCUUACCAACACCUCCACCCCCAGGGUCGCAAACGACUGCAGGGUCCCUAGCAACGGUAACUACGAAGACGAACAUAACGACAACCUCCACGCCGCAACAGGCGACCACUACCAACCAAGUACCCACAUCCUCAACACCAUGGUCGACGACGACUACUACCAGAUCCCUAGCAACGGCAACCACACAGACUCACACCACGACGACCACCACGACGACCACCUCGCCGACCACCACGCCAACCACCACGACGACCACCACGACGACCACCACGCCAACCACCACGACGACCACCACGCCAACCACCACGCCGCAACCAUCGACCACUGGCAAGCAAGUUACGUGUUACCCACAUCCGAGCCGGAUAGGUAGCAGAUACUUGACGUUUGAUCAGAGUUGUUACGAGUUCGUUUCUGUGCAUACGAGCUGGUCAGCUGCAGAGGCUGACUGCAGAUCACAGGGAGGCUCCUUGGUAACCAUUGACAACGGCCAAGAGCAGGACAUGGUGCAUAGAGUUGCCGCUUCGCUGCUUAAACAAGAUGCCUGGAUUGGACUUAAUGAUAUAAAUUUUGAAGGUCAUUUCGCAUGGGUUUCAGGAAUACGCUCGACGUAUGCUAAUUAUGGCAUCACUCAUAGCCACAUUUUGCAUGACUGCGUGAUCAUGCGCCUACACGACGGUAAAUGGGACGAGAGACAUUGCAACCUGCAUUUCCCAUACGUCUGUGAAUAUGCUGGGCACAACAAUCCUGUCGUUAGUUUGAUCGGUUGAUUACCGCAGCCGUACGUUGACAGAAAUAUCUAUUUUAUGAUGCCGACAUAAAAUGAUAUUAUCACAAAUAUAAGUGUUCACUCAUGCAAAAAAUCUUGAAGCGUUUCAUGAUUA